ACACUGACGGGAACUGACAAACAAUAAUAAUAAACAAACAACGAACCAGCAGGCAAAGCGCAGAUCAAUCGUCAUUUCCAGCUCCUACGUCAACUCGGUUUCGCUCAGCCUAUCCUGGACGAUUAUCAAUGAUAAGAUCGUGGCCUCAAUUUGCAAGGAAAAUGUCUACAGCCAAUAGUGCCAGCUUGACCAACCUCAGGGAACUGUUUCUAUGCGGCGUUGAGGCGGUUAAACCCAAAUCGUUGUUUGAUGGCUGCCACAUGUCGGCGGGCAGUAUCCGCGAAAGUUUCCUUCACGACCACAAACGCUAUCACGUGGUAGGUUUCGGCAAAGCCGUUCUGGGCAUGGCAGUUCAGUUAGAAUGUCACCUUGGGUCGCGGCUGUCGGGAGGAUGUAUAAGCAUACCUACGGGUACGGGUGAACGAUUUGCUGGAGAAGCAGAGUUCACUCUUUCGCCCAGCACUGCGAUCGAAGUGAUCGAGUGUGCUCGGAACAACCUGCCGGAUGAAGGAUCGUUAAUGGCGGCAAAAAAGAUCAAGCAAAUUGCCCACAGCAUGACAUCGGAUGAUGUGCUGUGCGUUCUGGUUUCUGGUGGUGGUUCGGCUCUGCUUUGUCUGCCCAAGGAGCUCAUUACGCUGGAGGAAAAACUGCAGCUAAUCAAAUCACUGGCCACGGCAGGUGCAUCCAUCGAUGAGCUAAACAACGUUCGAAUAGCUCUGUCGGAGGUGAAAGGAGGACAGCUUGCGCUGGCGGCCGAGCAUGCUUAUCGGGUUUAUUCUUACGUAAUAUCUGACAUUGUCGGUGAUCCGGUAGCAUUGAUUGCGAGUGGACCGACCGUAGUCCAGAAAGGAGUGGCUGUGAAUGGGAAAGCGAAAGAGAUUUUGGAGAAGUAUGGCCUGUGGAGUAAGCUUCCCGAUUCUAUCCUUAAAGUAAUUGAACAACCAACGGUUAGAGAAGUGAAGGAAACGUACAAUAAUGACCUAUUCUUACUAGGCAACAAUGAGGUAGCUGUAAAUUGUAUCGUACAGCAAGCUCAGGCUCGAGAUUGGGAGUGUAUCGUGCUAUCAAAAAGGAUAGAAGGAAACGUGAUCGAUUUGGCUCCCGUUUACAUACAGUUGGCAGCGAUCUUGUACAAUUUAAAAACCAACUUUAUAUCAGAAACCAUUGCCAAAGAAAAGCUCCGCGAGCUGCUUACACCCCUUCCAUACAGUGACGUCAAAAUGGAAGAAUUUAUAAGUCAAGCAGUGGAAGGUAACAAGGAAAAGCCACUACUGAUUGUUGGUGCUGGGGAGCCAACGGUUUGCGUUUCGGGCGGUGGCAAAGGGGGUCGAAAUCAAGAGCUGGCUCUCCGCUUCACGGUCGGUGUGCGAGAGCUGGAACGUGUGCCCGAUGCGGUGUGCUUUCUAUCGGCCGGUACGGAUGGUAUCGAUGGCCCUACCGAUGUGGCCGGUGCGAUCGGGGGAGCGUUCGUGGCGAGAGAGUUUGAGGAAACAUUCCACCUGGCAGAAGCGAAAUCGUUCCUAGAACAGAAUGAUUCGUACAGAUUCUAUGAAGCAGUAAGCGGCGGGCAAUAUUUCGUAAAAACUGGCCACACAGGUACGAAUGUGAUGGAUGUACAUUUACUGUUAAUAAACCCGCAGUGGGUAAAAUAAACAAACUAUCCCAACCGAACGCAAACCAAACAUGGAAGAUGACUACUACCAACUCCUAGUUCUGAUCAGCACUAGCGAAGCUCAGCGGUCUGCAUUAAUUCAUUUUUCUCCCCCUCCCUACUGGAACAUGAGUCACUCAGUAAGCCAGCAACACCGGAAGAAGUCAACCAAACGGCCAUAAUUUAUAGCCAUCUGAUGCGCGAGGAUGGUCUGUGAACUAUUUCUCCCCCCCUCCCAGCCGGGCCGCCCCGUGGCGGUGCGCCGUGCGAGGGCGAGGUAUGGCAUUUUGUUUUGUUAAUCAAAUAACCGCCCCAAAAGCCAGCAUGGGGUAUAGUUAGUUCUACAUCGAUCAUGUUCCUUUUUUUCUCCUGAUUCAUACCACCACUACACACUGAUACGGGUGGAUCCGAUUAAACAUGAAUCUCGCCUGCCAGUGCUGGGAGGCUAACGCGUGUGUGUGUGUGUGUGUGUAGUCGUCAUCACGAAAUUAGCCCAACUCCAAACUAGAAGUGGAUAUCUCCAGCCAGCUUUUGGGGGUCUCCACCACUUUUGGCUAGCGGUUAACAUGAAUGUGUGUGUGUGUAUGUCCAUGUCUGGUGGUAGUUUCCAAUUCCGAGCCAUCUGGUCCGUUUGACGCUCUUUGGGCUCUCAAUUUACAUAUUUUUACUGCUUUAAUCUUAAAAUUAUGCAAAAAUAUAAUAAUUCUCAUAAAA